AUGGCGGAACCUACGCCAUGGCAAUGGGUUGCAGUAAUCAGCACCGAAGACUCUGGAAUAGAGCGACGUCAGAGGAAGCGAAGAUUUAGGACGAACGUUCAGCAGCAAAGGCGAGGGAAGACGGGAGCAUUAAAUUCAGGGUCAAUGGGAAAGAAGAAAGACUACAAGUGGUUGCUAGAGAGGGGAAGAGGGCGAGGGCGAGGGCGAGGGCGAGGAGGAAAGAGCGUUGCACGACGACCUGGAGAGCGAGAGACGAGGAAGGCACGACGCCGUGGUAGUAGUACCGGGUACCUGGGGAAGGAAGACGCGACAAAACAUGAUUGGGAGCAACAUUUGCACAACGGGGCCGUCAGCCCUAGACACUUAGGGGCGGGCUCCGGGCAGUCGUCAUCUCAGCAGACGACGGAUUUCCACUGCAUCCACGCGCAGACUACUCGCCAGCCACUCACACGCCCCAGCUUCCCUCAGCCCGGAGACCGCAGACACGGCCAUCGGGCAUCCUCAACCACUGGAUCCCUUGCGCUGAAUCCUGCUAGUCUCCAUCAUCUCGUUUCCAACCCGCACAACCGGGCGCCGGCAGCUGUCACAGAUCCAAUCAGCCACUGCCGACCUGCUGCCUCGUCCUGUGACAAGCCGGCGCCACCCAACUGA